ACAAAGAAAUACAUUCGAGCAACACGUAAUAUUUUAGACCAAUAGCAAUAAAAACAAAAGCCAUGGCAUCUCAAAGCAACGCUAAUCACAUCAAGCAAAAUUACAUCGGUAGAAUACCAACGAGGAAAAUAUAUCCAAUCAGCGCGAAUUGGACUUUGAGUAAAUCUAACAACUCUCGCGCCAAUGGAACUGAGUUAUUCCUAAAAGAAAAGCCACAAACUGGAGUAAAGCCCGUCGUGAAGAGUGAAAUCGAAGGCGGUAAAAUAUCGGAUAUAUCAUUACGUAAAUUACGCGAACGACUGGUACACCUAUUGGCUUUGAAUUCAUACACCAGAAAGGAAAUGGACUCAAUCUUGCAAAGGGAAGGAUUUCGUACUUUUGAACGCACAAUAAUAAUGAAUGUACUUAAGAACGUAGCGCAUUUAGGUCAAAACGUAUAUAAUUUGCGCCUUAAUAUCUGGAGAGAAGUCGAUGAGAAUUGGCCUUACUACAAUGAAGAGGAGUUGCAGCAGCUGAAAAAGCGCAAGCAACAUAGUUUAAGAGCACCAUACAGCUCAGUUGAACUUACCCCGGAAACCAGUGAAAGCCAAAACGAUUAUAAAUACCAUCGAACCACCUAGUUAUGACUUUAGCGAUUAUACGGAAAUCACAAACUUCGAACAGCGUUGGCAAUAUAAAAAUGCGUUUGAUCGAUACUAUAAAGAAUAUAUGCCACUCUUUCAGCAGAUCGCAGCACUAAGGCACAGUUUCCGCGAACUCG